AUGUCGAAACACAACACUAUGACUUCUAACAUGUCAGACGUGCUGUCUCAGCAACAACAAAACUUGCAACAUUUGCAGGCUUUAGAACAGGGGACAAAGAGCUUGACGUCGAAUGACCAACAAACUUUCUACCAGCCUGUGGGGUCAGUCGCUUUUGAUAACCACACGCUGCCACAGCAGACCCCUUACCCGGUAGACAAUGUCUCCACAACAGAAGGGCCGGGUGGAACCUUAAACUCAGUCUUGUCUCCAGGUGCCCCAACCACAACUACUACUACAGCCAACAACAAGGCCUUGGAGAACCUUUUCCAGCAUCAAAAGAGUCAUGCCUCCUCUCUAACAAGCGCAUCGACCACCAAUAGGCCACGUCUGUCUCAGCAAUUUACAAGAGCAGGCAAACAACAAGAUCCACGCUCUCCUUUGGUGGUUCUCAUUCCAACCUCUGCCAAUCCUACGGAAGUUUUAGCACAAAGAUUUGCUGCAUGGAGAGCCGUCAUAAGGUCAAUUCUCGUUUACCUGACCGAGACUGUUUCUAUUCAGGAUGAAAUUGUCAGACAACAACUAAGGUUGGCCCACGCCGUGAACUUCCCAUUUUUUGUAACUGAAAAUCAGCAUCAGCCCACGUCCGCAGAAGAGAAAGCCAUACAAAAGUUCUUUCUACCACUCGGCAACGGGUCUGUUCAAGAUCUACCUAGCAUUUUGACAUUGUUUCAUUCCCAGAUGGCUGGAAGUGCAUCUAGAACCUCAAAAGAACUAGCCAAUGAAGUCAUUCCUCGUCUCGAGGAUCUAAGACGGGACUUGGUGGUAAAAAUUAAAGAAAUAAAGACACUACAGUCAGAUUUCAAGAAUUCAUGUGCCAAAGAACUGCAGCAAACAAAGCAAGAUUUGAAGAUCUUCCAGGAAGCCAUAGAAGGGGCUCGUUAUGGCUCUGCAAAGAAUGAUCCAUACUUGGCAAAGAUUGCACUAGAUAAGCAAAUCAGAAAGCAAAUAACGGAAGAAAACUUUUUACAUGAGGCCUUCAACAAUUUACAAGGUUCUGGGAAAGAGCUUGAAAAAGUUGUUGUGAUGGAAAUCCAAAAUGCCCUUACGAUAUAUGCUCGUUUGUUAGGCCAAAACGCUCAACUGGUCUUCGAUGUUCUCAUUUCAAAACUUGAUACAGGUUUUUUCAAUAAAGAGCCAAUUUUUGAAUGGGAUAACUUUAUAGCAAAAGACCCUAACUUUAUCGAACCCGAUCUACCCAUGAGGCAUGUGCGGGAUAUUGUUUACAAGAAUCAGACCGAUCCUUUGGCAUAUGAAGUUAGAGCAGGAUUCUUGGAAAGGAGAUCGAAGUUUUUGAAAUCUUACUCAAAAGGGUUCUAUGUUUUGACUCCGAGCUUUUUACAUGAAUUCAAAACGGCUGACAGAAAAAAGGAUUUUGUACCUGUGAUGUCUCUAUCUUUGAAUGAUUGUACUGUUGCUGAACAUUCUAAGAAGGGAUCAUCUGAGCAUAAGUUCAUUUUACAUGCAAAACAAAAUGGUAUCAUACACAGGGGCCAUAACUGGGUAUUCAGGGCGGAUUCGUAUGACUCGAUGAUGAAUUGGUUCAGUGACAUUAAGAAAUUAACUUCUACUUCUAAUCCCAAUGAAAAGGCAAAAUUUGUUACUCUCAGACUGAAUUUGGAUGCUGAUGGAAGACCCAAAAAGAGGGAUGUACCCAUUAACGUAAAUGGAGCCCCUGUUCCACAGCAAUUGACAUCUACACCACGUCAGACUGGGCAGAGCAACUUUACUACUCCUAAUUUGGAUAAUCAAACCAAUACAAAUACUUCUGUUUCUAUCCCUGAGACGGAGUAUGACAAUAACAUGUUGAGGAUCAAUUCCCCUAACUCUCCAAGAACGUCGCGUGAUGGUGUCCAGCAUACAUACGACGGAAACAUUUACAUUGAAACCGCCAGCGGAAAUAUGCACUACCCAAGGAAUAGCAUAAGUGGUGGAAAACGUAAUUAA